AUGCUUAUGGACAAUAUGUAUAUAAUCUGGGCUUCAUCAGUCUUUAUUCUCCAACAAAGGUUGAUGUCUUGUAAAGAGAUGAAGUUCCCCAACAGCAAAGCUCCUCGGCCUCCGUCCCCCUCAGACUUUCUGGACAAACUGAUGGGUCGCACAUCUGGAUACGACGCUCGCAUCCGCCCUAACUUUAAAGGACCUCCAGUUAAUGUCACCUGUAAUAUCUUCAUAAACAGCUUUGGGUCCAUCACAGAAACUACUAUGGAUUACCGGCUUAAUGUAUUUUUGCGGCAGCAGUGGAAUGACCCUCGUUUGGCCUACAAGGAAUACCCCGACGACUCUUUGGACUUGGACCCUUCUAUGUUAGACUCCAUCUGGAAACCAGAUCUGUUCUUUGCCAACGAGAAGGGGGCAAACUUUCACGAGGUUACCACAGACAACAAACUGCUGCGGAUCUUUCAGAAUGGGAACGUCCUCUACAGCAUCAGAUUAACUCUUAUCCUCUCCUGUCCCAUGGAUCUCAAGAACUUCCCCAUGGACAGCCAGACCUGUACAAUGCAACUUGAAAGCUUUGGCUACACAAUGAACGACCUCAUUUUUGAAUGGCUGGAUGUUGGGGCCGUGCAGGUCGCUGAUGACUUGCAGCUGCCACAGUUUGUGCUAAAGAACGAACAGGGCCUGGGUUACUGCACAAAGCACUAUAACACAGGUAAGUUUACCUGCAUAGAGGUGAAGUUUCACUUGGAGCGGCAGAUGGGCUACUACCUCAUCCAGAUGUACAUCCCCAGUCUGCUCACAGUGAUCCUGUCAUGGGUCUCCUUCUGGAUCAACAUGGACGCCGCCCCCGCCCGAGUGGGACUGGGCAUCACUACAGUGCUCACCAUGACCACCCAGAGCUCGGGCUCCAGGGCUUCACUACCAAAGGUAUCUUAUGUGAAAGCCAUAGAUAUAUGGAUGGCGGUGUGUCUACUGUUUGUGUUUGCUGCUCUGCUGGAAUAUGCUGCUGUUAACUUUGUAUCACGACAACACAAGGAGUUCUUCAGACUGAGGAGGAAGCUGAAGGAGCAUCGACAGAGAUCUGGAAGUGACAGUAAGGCAAAAGGAAACAGCCUGUCAGGCAACAAUACUCCCCAUGGAAAUCCCUCUCAGCAGUGCAGCGCGUGUGCCAGGGAAGAAGAACUGACACAGCAAGGUUUGCUCUACCAAAGUUAUAGACUUGCACUGUCUGCAGCUCCAGCUGAAAUGGAUGCAACACCCGUCUUUGCCGAUUUACCUCCUGGACUUGGUUUUUAUGACAUCCGCAGACGCUUUGUGGAGCGGGCUAAAAGGAUUGAUACCAUCUCACGGGCACUAUUCCCCAUGAGCUUUCUAAUGUUUAAUGUCCUCUACUGGCUGACCUACAAAGUUCUACGUCAUGAAGACAUGCAAAGCCUUUUCUGA